AUGAAGCAUCGUCAUUCCUCCUUCCCGGCUAAGAUGUGCAAAAUCUGUAGCGACGAGAUCAGAGACGGCGACAAUGGCCAGAAAUUCGUGGCGUGCCACGUGUGCGCAUACCCGGUUUGCAAACCUUGCUACGAGUACGAGCGUAGCACCGGUAGCAAAUGUUGCCCUCAAUGCAAGACUCACUACAAACGCCACAAAGAUGAAGAAAACAAUGGUCUUGAUGAUUCAGAUGACGAGUUGAUGAAUAUCAAGAAUCGCCCAGAUGCUUCCUCCAUUCACCAGAAUUUUGCCUAUGGAUCGGAAAAUGGAGACUACAAUAGUAAGCAGCAAGGGCGUUCAAAUGGCCGGGCCUUUUCUUCCACCGGAAGUGUGUUGGGGAGAGAGUUUGAAGGCGAGAGAGAUGGCGCCACAGACGCAGAGUGGAAAGAACGAGUGGAUAAAUGGAAAGCGAGGCAAGAGAAGAGAGGUCUAUUAACUAAAGCAGAACAAACAAAGGAUCAAGACAGUGAAGAAGAAGAAUACCUAGAUGCUGAUGCAAGACAACCUCUCUGGAGAAAAGUACCAAUCUCAUCAAGCAAAAUCAGUCCAUACAGAAUCGUGAUCGUACUUCGUCUCGUCAUCUUAGUUUUCUUCUUCCGUUUCCGUAUCUUGACACCGGCAAGAGACGCGUACCCUCUCUGGCUUAUCUCAGUCAUCUGCGAGAUCUGGUUCGCACUCUCUUGGAUCCUCGACCAGUUCCCGAAAUGGAUGCCGAUUAACCGAGAAACCUACCUUGACCGUCUCUCUAUGAGAUUCGAACGGGACGGCGAGAAGAACAAGCUUGCACCGGUUGAUGUGUUUGUCAGUACGGUGGAUCCGCUUAAGGAGCCUCCGAUCAUCACAGCCAACACCAUUCUUUCGAUCUUAGCCGUUGAUUACCCGGUGAAUAAAGUCAGCUGCUAUGUCUCUGACGACGGUGCUUCGAUGCUCCUGUUCGAUACAUUGUCUGAGACUUCCGAGUUUGCAAGAAGAUGGGUUCCGUUCUGCAAGAAGUACAACGUUGAGCCAAGAGCUCCAGAGUUUUACUUCUCUGAGAAGAUUGAUUACUUGAAGGAUAAAGUCCAAACCACAUUCGUCAAAGACCGCAGAGCAAUGAAGAGAGAGUAUGAAGAAUUCAAAGUGAGGAUCAAUUCUUUAGUGGCUAAAGCUCAGAAGAAACCUGAAGAAGGUUGGGUGAUGCAAGAUGGUACACCAUGGCCUGGAAACAACACUCGUGAUCACCCCGGGAUGAUUCAGGUGUAUCUAGGAAAAGAAGGAGCAUUUGACAUCGACGGUAACGAAUUGCCACGCCUUGUGUAUGUGUCGAGAGAGAAGCGUCCUGGUUAUGCACAUCACAAGAAAGCUGGAGCCAUGAAUGCAAUGGUUCGAGUCUCUGCAGUGCUCACAAAUGCUCCAUUCAUGCUGAAUCUGGAUUGUGAUCACUACAUCAACAACAGUAGAGCCAUCAGAGAAUCAAUGUGCUUUCUAAUGGAUCCACAGCUUGGGAAGAAGCUUUGUUACGUUCAAUUCCCUCAGAGAUUCGAUGGGAUUGAUCGUAAUGAUCGAUACGCCAACAGAAACAUCGUCUUCUUCGAUAUAAACAUGAGAGGCUUAGAUGGGAUUCAAGGACCGGUCUACGUUGGAACAGGAUGCGUAUUCAAUCGACCGGCAUUGUACGGAUACGAACCUCCGGUAUCGGAGAAACGGAAGAAGAUGACCUGCGAUUGCUGGCCGUCGUGGCUUUCCUGCUGCUGCGGCGGAGGUAGCCGUCACAAAUCGAAAUCAUCGGACUCGAAGAAGAAAUCGGGGAUUAAGAGCUUGUUGUCUAAAUUGAGGAAGAAGAAGAAGAGCGAUACGACGGCGAUGAGCUAUAACAGGAAACGAUCGACGGAAGCGAUUUUCGAUCUGGAAGAUAUCGAAGAAGGGCUUGAAGGGUACGAUGAGCUCGAUAAAUCGUCUCUGAUGUCGCAGAAAAACUUCGAGAAGAGGUUUGGGAUGUCUCCGGUGUUUAUCGCGUCGACGUUGAUGGAGAACGGAGGUUUACCGGAGGCGACGAACACGAGCUCGCUGAUCAAGGAGGCGAUUCAUGUCAUUAGCUGCGGAUACGAAGAGAAGACUGAAUGGGGCAAAGAGAUUGGAUGGAUUUAUGGAUCAGUGACAGAAGAUAUUCUUACAGGAUUCAAAAUGCAUUGUAGAGGUUGGAAAUCGGUUUACUGUAUGCCCAAAAGACCAGCUUUCAAAGGAUCAGCUCCGAUCAAUCUCUCAGACCGGUUGCACCAAGUCCUUCGAUGGGCGCUCGGUUCGGUCGAAAUCUUCUUUAGCCGUCAUUGUCCGUUGUGGUAUGCUUGGGGAGGCAAGCUCAAGAUCCUUGAACGUCUUGCUUACAUCAACACCAUUGUUUAUCCUUUCACUUCCAUUCCUCUUCUCGCCUAUUGUACUAUCCCGGCGGUUUGUCUUCUCACCGGCAAAUUCAUCAUUCCAACGAUCAACAAUUUCGCGAGUAUUUGGUUCCUAGCGCUGUUCCUAUCGAUCAUCGCGACGGCGAUCUUAGAGCUCCGGUGGAGCGGCGUGAGCAUCAACGACCUCUGGCGUAACGAGCAGUUCUGGGUUAUCGGCGGAGUCUCCGCUCAUCUCUUCGCCGUCUUUCAAGGUCUUCUCAAAGUCCUUUUCGGCGUCGACACAAACUUCACCGUCACGUCUAAAGGAGCAAGCGACGAAUCUGACGAGUUCGGAGAUCUCUACCUUUUCAAAUGGACGACUCUUCUCAUCCCUCCGACCACUCUCAUCAUCCUCAACAUGGUCGGUGUCGUCGCCGGCGUUUCAGACGCUAUUAACAACGGGUACGGUUCGUGGGGACCGCUCUUCGGGAAACUGUUUUUCGCGUUUUGGGUCAUCGUUCAUCUUUACCCGUUCCUCAAGGGUUUGAUGGGAAGGCAAAAUCGAACGCCGACGAUCGUCGUUCUCUGGUCGAUUCUUCUCGCGUCGAUCUUCUCUCUGGUUUGGGUUCGGAUCGAUCCGUUUUUGCCGAAGCAGACUGGUCCGAUGUUGAAGCAGUGUGGCGUCGACUGUUAA